AUGACCUCAGAAGAUGAAUUCAAUGAAGAUGUCGGUGACAAUGAAGUAGAUUCAAAAGUAUCGGUUCAAACAAGAGAUGAUGCGGAUCUUGUUGCAAAUGCCGUCUAUCGUGCUGACUUUGAUAGAGAACGAUAUCCUGGAUCCAAAGCAGUUCGUGAUAACCUUUUCGAUAGCAUUGAGAAUAUAAGAAAAUGGAUGUUCAGAAUGCAGUCUGGAACAGCUGGCAAUAUUUCAAAUCCCGACGACUUGUCCAAAGGUUCCCUGACCUUGAAGGAAGUAGUUCAGCAGCUUAUUAUCGACAUGUUUCUUUACCACGCCACACCAUUGAUGACUGGCCCAUACAAGGUCCUACUUGAAACUGAUGGCUCUGACUUAGAUCCUGACCAAUCAACUCUUCAAAGAACAAAUGCCUGA